AUGGAGGACGAUUUACCGCAGAGAAAGCGGGAGCGGGAGAGGCAGAGGGAGGAUUUUGCUGGGGCGGCGACGGCAAAGGCAGUGGACACACCGCGCUUCAAGCGGUUCUUCGAACGACUACGCGAAGAUGUCCCGGGCUAUGAAUUUAAUGACAAGGAACCGCCUUUCCACAGCUCCUACAACAACUAUCACUUCAUAGGUCGCCGUAAGCGUACCGUCAAAAGACCUGCGUUCGAUCGAAACAACAGCACUUCCUCUGAAACAUCCAGCGCGCGCACCCGUUCCGACUAUGGCUCGGCAGUCGAAGGAGAAGACAACAAGGACCUCUGGGUCAUAGCACGCGUGUCCAAGCAAGUGCUACGUCUGGAGCGCGAGUUCAAACUGGCUCAACAGCUGUACACGCGGGAAGAACACCGGAAAAAGUUUGUUCGGCCGCUGGAGUUCUUCCGGCUGCCCGCGCGACAGCCAGGCGAUGCCCCGGCAUGUGCAUCCAUUGUCGAGGCACCUGGGAGGGAUGCGAAGAACUAUCUACGAGAGCUUGUGGAGUUUGGUCCGAAUCACUACUGGGGCACGCCAGGGUCGCCCCAGAACGAGCAUGACGAGGGCAAGACGAAGCCUGUGGAGCUCCUCACAUUUCUGAAUUUCGCCAUUGGAGCUGCUGCAUGCUUGGAAGCUCUCCACCACAAUAAUGAGAUGGUGCACGGGGAGUUGCGCGGAGACGCCUUCCACUUCAGCAAGCAGACGGGCGAGGUGCGUAUGAUCAACUUUGGCUCGGGUGUUAGGAGCUUCGAGCACGGGCUGUCAUCCGCCAACUGGUCUACGUUGAUGUCGGAGAGAGGAAUACAGAAUCGCCUUCUUUACAUCGCCCCGGAACAAACUGGAAGACUGCCUGCAGAACCUGACGCGCGGACCGACAUCUAUUCACUUGGCAUCCUUCUUUGGACAAUGCUUGCGGGGCGAGCACCCUUCACUGGCAACACUCCUCUUGAUAUCAUGCAGAAUGUGCUGUCGAGACGCAUCCCAUUAUGCUCCUCGGUUCGAUCAGACGUACCAGAGCCUCUCGCCAAAGUUAUACAGAAGAUGACUGCGAGGAACAUGGACGAUCGUUACAACUCCUGCACUGGCGUGAAGAAUGAUCUCAAUCAGCUGAAAAGAAUACUAACAGAUGGAGAUCGAGCGGCUCUCGCCAACUUCCAGAUCGCGCAAAUGGAUGUAUCAUCUUUUUUCGUGAUGCCUUCUGGACUAGUUGGCCGCGACCUGCAGCGCCAAACGAUUCUGUCAAUCAUUGAAAAGGCCGCCAAAAAGGCAGCGAAGGCAACGCAAAUCACCCGUGGCACACUGCUGAGUUUGAGCUCAACCUCAUCGGCCAUGUCCGGAGAGCGGCCGGAAGCUUUUGGCAUGGAAGACGCAUCGAGCGAGAGUACAGUGUCCACUCCCAAGCAUGGCUCCGAAGAAAGCGGUCACCCUGUCCUGGACCGACAGGUCUCUCCACUCGAUGUUCGCCAACGAAUGGAAUAUUCGCAGGACGGCAGCUCUCCAUCCUCUACUCCAUCGAUUGCUGACGACGAAGACGAGUCGACGCCACUUAGCAAUGGUGUCUCUGCCAGACACUCGUCAACAGACAGUCGUGCUUCUGUCAGCUUCAACUUCCCUUCUUCCAACAGUCUACAUCAGACGGUGUCGAAUUAUCAGCUGGGCAGUGAGCGAAGCGGCGGCGAGCCCAGCUCUCGACUCAGGACAGCUCAGCGAAUUAAAUACAAGGGUCGUACAGAGGUCAUCGCCAUCUGUGGAGCCACGGGAUUUGGAAAGUCCGCUCUUGUACACUCUAUCCAAAGUACGAUACGGGCGCGUGGCUACUUCACCUCCGCCAAGUUUGAUCAAGUCAGGAACUCGCCGUUCGAGCCUGUGACAAAGGUCAUGUCCGCGCUGUUCCGGCAGAUCUUCUCGGAGAACAACGUCAACACAACCUUUCACGAGAACAUCCGGACUUUWGUUCGACCCAUGUGGGGAAUGUUGCAUUCUUACCUCGAGCUACCCGUCUGGUUGCUGGAUCCAACCACGAAUGGCCGAGUCAGCGCAGCCGGUCCAGCGUCGCCCGCUGGUUCCAUGGGCGUCAUGCCAAGUCGCAAGGCUUGCAACGCUGCGAGCACGCAGGAUUGGCUGCGCUCAGGAGGCAGCAACAAGACCUCUCGUUUCACCAGUAUCUUCCUCGAUGUACUGAGGUUACUCGCAAUUCAAAGAUUCGUGUGUUUCUGUCUGGAUGAUCUGCAGUAUGCUGACGAAGAGUCGCUGGAUCUUAUUGAGGUCAUUAUCAAGGCGCGCGUCCCGAUCGUACUCAUCGUGACCUACCGCGCGGAAGGCAUGCUUACCCCGGCGAUGAGCAGCUUGAUGCAGCAAAGUAAAGCCACGAAAGUCACGGUCGGGGCAUUCACUGACGAGGAUACGGCGGAAUUUGUUUCUGCGACGCUUAAUCGUGACAAGAAUUACAUAUCGCCUUUGGUCGCUGUGAUACAAGAGAAGACACAGGGAAAUCCAUUCUUCGUGAGGGAAUUGCUGGACWCGGCUUACCGUUCAAGGGCCGUAUACUUUUGCCACAAGCACGGGCAGUGGGAGUUUUCAUUGGACAGAAUGUUCGACCAAUUCAGCAGCCCCGACGACGGCAAGUUCUCCACCAACGACUUCAUCCUGCGACGCAUGCACACAUUACCCGUCGACGCUCAGACGGUACUCGCUUGGGGAUCGAUCAUUGGAAACAGCUUCGAUUUCAGCCUGAUCAAGAGUGCCAUGAGCUGCGCCUGCUCACGACUUGUCCCGCAGCCGCUUGUACCGCCUUACUCCACAGAUGCUGUGGCCGGGCUUCAAAUCGCACUCGCAUCCUAUGUCCUAAUGCCGACAGACGACGAGACACGAUUCAAAUUCUCACACGAUAGGUACAUUGCGGCGGCAGACAUUCUUGCCAGCAAGUACGUUAAAGAGGAAAUGCACUUUGUCGUCGCCGCAAGCUUGUUAAAGCAUGAUUCAUACGACCCAGUACAACAUCCAAGCAAGCGCCUGUUUGAACAAGCGAGGCACACUUGUCUAGGGAUCGGUGCUUUGAAGCGGAGAGUCAAGAAUAAGAAAGACUACCGCGCACUUCUCUAUCAGGCUGCCGAGACGGCUAGGGAGUCUGGCGCGAGAACCUCCGAGCUGUACUACUUCAAGCACUGUCUCGAGCUUUUGCCACAGAGCCCCUGGAAAGACGACGCCACAGGCGACGCCUCCUACCAGGAAACUUUGACAUUGAAAACAAGAGCUGCAGAGGCCUUCUGGUACUCGCAGCAACACGACGAGGCCGCGAAAUUGCUGGACGAAGUCAACGCGCACGCUCGAAAUACUAUCGACAAGGCUCCCGCUGCCAUCAUUUUCUCACGCAUGUAUGCUCAGCGUGGGAACAGUGAGAAGGCGUUUGAAUCUUUGAAAAACGCCCUGUCUGGAUUGGGCCUCGAGAUCGCAGAGAGCACGUGGGAUCGAUGUGAUGAAGACUUUCACCACCUUGUGCUACGGUUGGAGUCUAACCCACCUUUGCUUGAGGACCAGAGCGUCCAAAGUGUCGGCAAGGAGCUCGGCACUUUGGGCGCACUUCUUACAGAGUUGCAGUCUUCUGCUUACUGGACAGACCAUCUCCUGUUCUACCGAUCAUCUCUAGCUAUAAUUGAACUGUAUCUGGAGCGGGGCAUGUUUCCACAGGUAGGGCUCGGCCUUGUAAACCUCGCGGCCGUCGCCAUCUGGCGCUUCAGCAUGGUCCAAACGGCGAUGGAGUUUGGCAAUACCGCCUUGCGAAUUCUCAACCACUACGAGAGCGAAUCGUACACUGCUGGACGCGGGCUGACGCUGCACGCACUUUUCCUUGGACAUGUACAGGUAGAUAUCCGGGAGAAUUUUGAAAUCCUAAACAGGGGACUCGAGGCAGCUUCCGCUGCGGGCGACAAGAUCUUACACCUCUUGAAUGUCGGUAUCAUGGCCGCAUAUCGCCUGUGGUCUUCCGAGAACGUUGCCGAAACAACCGCUUUCAUCACAUCUGUAGCAGAUGAGUUCCCUGAAUGGCAGACGAAUCUGAGAGGCGGCGUGAUUUUGAUGGGUGUGCGGCAAUGCUGUCGAGCUCUGGCCGGCAAGACAUCGUACAAGUCCGACUCUGGCAUCUUUGAUGACGACUCUCAUUCGAGCGAGAAGUACAUCCAAUACAUCAAGGCAGGUGCGUCGCAUCCAGAGCGGCCCCUGAGCCUCUACUACAGCUAUCAGUUGAUGGCUCUUUACACAUUCGGACAUCACAGGCAAGCAAUGGAGCUGGGACAAAGAUUGCUGCCUAUGAUGGGAGGGUUGCUUUCGAUGCGCUACGCGUACUCGACCAUGUUCUACACUUCUAUGAGCAUCCUAUCAUGCAUACGAGAGGAUCCUGAUGGUUCGGAUCGUGAGUCUUUGCUUGCUCAAGUCGCGGAACACCGCACGCGGAUCGAAAUUGUCGCAAGCGUCAACGACGUAAAUUAUGUGGUCUUUCUGAAACUGAUGACCGCUGAGUUGGCGGACAUUGAAGGACGGUGGGAAGAAAUGCUUGAAAACUACGAGAGCGCUGUCAGUCACGCCAACUUGAUGUCAGACAACCUUGACGAAGCGCUCAGCUUGGAGUUGUACGGCGAUUGGCUGGUGCGGAGGGGUGCCGCGAGACCUGCCAGAGGCAUCAUGUUGGACGCGAUAUCUGCGUACCGCCGAGUGGGUGCUUUUGGAAAGGCGGAGCAGCUCACGGACAAGCAUGGGUUUCUGCUAUACGGGACAAGAAGUCUCACAUCUGUGGACGCUGAGACGCAAACCAUGGAGUCAAAUGCCGGAUCUUCGCCGUCGCCGGACAAGCUGGAGAGUUAUGCAGAGCAUCAUAUUCCCCAGACUUCAGCGGAUCGUACGGUCGAGUGGCUCGAUCCGCAGCCCGCAACUUCCGCAGGAACGGGAAAUGCCCAAGCUGGGCAGCCCUUGAAUGCUGCUGGACUCGACAUCAUCGAUCUUACUGGGAUCCUACAGAGCUCUCAGCUCUUGUCCUCGGAGCUGGAUGUCGAUAAACUGUUGAAGCAGUUCACAAGAAUCAUCAUCGACCUUACCGGAGCAGAUAUUAUUGGCAUCGUGGUGUCCAACGAUCAAGGCUGGUGCGUAGCUGCGACCGGAACGCCGGACGGAGUCGAGGUUCCCGAGAAUUGCAUACCAGUCAUCGAGAUUGAGGACGUGGUCGCUCAGCAGGUCACUCUCUACGUCCUCCGCUUCAAGGAACAAGUGUUCCUGCGGAACGUCAUUGAUGACGAGCGAUUCUCCAACGUCUCUGCCUCUUGGCUCGAACAGAAUCCCGAGGGCGCCUCGAUGAUUGCAAUCCCUAUCCUCCAUGGCGACAACAAUCUUCUGGGAAGCCUUUACUGUCAAGCACCACCAAACACAUUCACCCGACGCACUCUCACACUUGCGCAAUUGAUGAUGAACCAGAUCGGGAUAUCCAUCGCGAAUGCUCUGCUCUUCAAGCGCUUUCACGCCGCUGAAGCAGCGAAUACCACGAUGCUAGAAGUCCAGCGGCAAGCUGUCACACAGGCAAGAGAGGAACAGCAGAGAGCCAGGGCUGCCGAGGUCAAGGCUAUGGAGAUGGUUCGCCUAAAAGAGGAGGCUGCAAAGGCAAAGUCCAUGUUUCUGGCAAACGUGAGCCAUGAACUCCGCACCCCGUUGAAUGGUGUGAUCGGAAUGUCAGAGAUGUUGAAGUCCACACAAUUGAGUAAGGAACAAGCAGAGCACGCGGAUUCCAUUCGCGUAUGCGCCGAUACCCUUCUCAGUGUAAUCAAUGACAUACUUGAUUUUUCGAAGCUCGAAGCAGGCAAAAUGCAGGUCUUCUCCGUUCCGCUGAGUUUGACCGAAACCAUCAAUGAGGUUGUCCGAGCUCUGAGUUAUACCAACAUCGAGCGGAAUUUGGAGACAAUUACAGCACUUGACCUGGACCCCAAUCUGGUGGUUAUGGGAGACCCAGUCCGUUUACAUCAGAUACUAAUGAACUUGAUGAGCAAUGCAUACAAGUUUACCGCCAAGGGGAGUGUCACAGUCCGUGCCAAGGUCGACAGCGAGGAUAUGGAAGGCGUCAGAGUCACUGUAUCUGUUACUGACACUGGGAUCGGAAUCGAUGAGGAGCAGCAGAAGAAACUAUUCCAACCAUUCUCGCAGGCGGACUCCAGCACUGCGAGGAGCUACGGCGGGACCGGACUGGGACUGUCGAUUUGCAAAUCGAUCCUUGAGAAUAUCAUGCAUGGCGAGAUCUGGCUGGAUAGCCAGCCAGGUGUUGGUACGACAGUGGCGUUCAGCUUGCCGCUCAAGAAGGUCAUCAGAUCAGAAUCCGAUAACAUGGCCGCAACGCCGUCGAAUGGCAGAGAGGCAGAUCCCAUGUCAAUUUUCUCGCCGCCAGCCAUUGACGAUGGGCCUGGUGCGAGGGCCAUCAUCAGUCUACAAGGCGUCCCGCGCGACAAGCUCAAAGUGUGCAUCGCGGAAGACAAUACCAUCAACCAGAAAAUCGCCAUAUCCUUCGUGAAGAAGCUGGGAUUCCAAUGCGAGGCCUAUGGAGAUGGACAGCAAGCGGUGAACGCGCUCGAUCGAGCCAACGCCGAUGGGAAUCCCUUCCAUCUCGUGUUGAUGGACGUCCAAAUGCCAGUCUUGGACGGCUACAAUGCCACCCGAGAGAUUCGAAAGCGCUCUGACCCCAAGGUCAGAGAUGUUCUGGUUAUUGCAAUGACCGCCAGUGCGAUCCGUGGCGAUCGGGAAAAGUGUCUAGAAGCUGGUAUGAACAAUUACCUUGCGAAACCAGUCAGGGUGGAUACCUUGAAGCAGAUGUUGGAGAGCUAUCUACACCAGCCUGCUAGGGCGAUUCCAGACUUACAGCUGCAGGCCAACAAACUGGUCAAUACCGUCGUCUCCGAGGUCGCUGAUGGCGAUGGCGAGAAUUCGAAGAGGCUGGCAUCACGGCCGAGGAGUGAAAGAAGUGCCAACACAGAAAUCCAUCUUUCGCCCGAGGAGAUGGCGAAGAAAUCCGAAAGCUCAAGUUCAGACGAAGAUCGAGGCGAGAACCAAAAAUAA